AAAAAAGAGUACUAGAAAUUAAAUAAAGAGAAGCUGGUGAGAGAGAGAACGUAUUUAUGGCAGCUUAACUAUCCAUAUUUAUUACUCUCUUCCUUUUUUUUUCUUUUUUUUUUCUCAACACAAAAUAUAAUUCUCUAUAUUUCCUUCCUCCCUCUCUAUUUUCCCUUCCAAAUUUAUUUAUUUUUUUGCACCCAAAUUUUGUUUUAUUUCCCUUGUUCUUCCCAUCCACCCCCUUGAGAAGAGAGAGAACAAAAGUUGACCUAAUUUGAGUGAUUUAGGGAGAUAUUAAAGGAAUAAUAUUAUAGGGAAGGUUUGCCUUUUUGUUUGACUGAUCAAUUCUUCUAAAAGUUCUUUAGAGCCCCACAGAAACAGCAGCUUCAGCAGCAGAGUGUUCUGUUUUUUAUGGGUUGCUUAAGGAGGAGUUAAUUCACAUCUUGCUUGAGUAUAUUGUGUUUGCACCAAGAUAUAAUUCUUUUGGAUUAUAAGACAUUUAUUGAAGAUCCGGACUUAUGUCAGAAUGAAGCUAGAAAACGAGAAUGUGCUUGGUGCUCAAACUCCUCCAAGAAAGUCAUAUAACCCAUUUGAGUCUGAUGAUGAAGACGCAGAUGCUUAUACGAAGAGUAACAUAAAUGGCUAUGAUAUAACAAGCUUCGAGACAACUGCAGACUCGCUAACAUUUCACUUGGACACUAGCGAUUUAUCAUGGGAAGAAGCAAUACUUGGUCAUUCUCGAGUGUUAAGUAAUUCGAUUAGUGUUGAUGCAAGUAAUGAGGAAAUCCCAUAUCGGGAGAACACUGAGCUAUUUACUGAUAAAACAAUUACUGAAUGUGAGCUACCCGAGUUGGAAUUUUCCUACAAAGAUAACGGUUUUUACUCGGUAAAAGAUAUUGGGAUAGACGAAGGGGUGCCUAUACAGGACAAGGUUUGGAUUAUAAGUCAACACAGUCACAACAGUAAGAAUGUGUCUGAUCAUGUUCUGAGUCUAACCGAGGAUGUUACAGAUAAAUCUAGGUCAGAUGAUGAUGUCAAAAAAGAUGCUUUCGUGCAGAACCAAAUCGAAGAUUCAGUGAACGAGGAUGAGCUCGUUCAUGAAGUUUCAGCUAGGCCAUACUCUUCCGAGCAGUGUAAGACUGCCGAUUUUAUAAUGGAAGACGAAGAUGGGUUCAAGCACGAUUUAGUGAAGAAUGAGAAAGACGUUGAUUCUAAUAGGCGAAGUAUAGAUUUGUUCGAGAGUGAUGAUAUCGUUAAUGAUCUAAAGGACCCUUAUGUAAAUGACAAGGAGGAAGUUAGUUUUCGUAAGGGGGAGAAGAUAGGAAACGAAACCGUUGAGGAGGAGUAUUGCAAACAUAGUGUACCUAUACAACAUGCAGAAAAACCUUUGACAAGUCCUUCAAUCAUGCAUGAAGUUGAAGCUGCUGUGGAGUCUAAUGAGAAUCAAAGUGAAGUAGCUCCGGAUCAACCUGUCGUGCUCCCUGCAUUACAAGAACCCGUUAGCAAUGGUGUCACCAAUGCUUUGUCCUACAAUAGCAAGGUGGAAUCGGGAAGUAUUAUCUUGGAUUUCAAUGCUGCUACGACUGUUUCAACGGAUGAAAAGGAGGCGAUUCCACAACAGAAAGAGGCACUCGAAAAACCUCCAGAGACUCAAACUAUGUCUAGGGAUGAUGGUGGUGCCCCGGGUUUCAGUAUUCUUGAUUGUGCGACAGAUAAGAGGGUUCAUGGCGAGACAAGCUUUUCUGCUGCAAUGCCACCUCCUUCGUCUAUAAUUUACAUGGGACCGCACGCAAACACUGGUAGCAUAUCACUCCGAUCUGAAAGCAGUACUGGCAGCACUCGUUCAUUCGCCUUCCCUGUGUUACAAACCGAAUGGAAUAGCAGUCCAGUAAGGAUGGCGAAGGCAGAUCAGAGGCACUUUCGUAAGCAAAGAGGAUGGGUUCAUUUCGUAUGCUGUAAAUUCUGAGUCGUCUUCAUUCUUAGCGUUAUAGUUCAUACAGUAUUUCAACAAAACAAUUAAUACAUCAAGUUCAGGUUAAAUUAGAAUAGAAUCCAUACAUUUUGUCUUUGGCAUUUCAUUUCUAUAAUAUGGUUGGGUUGUGCAGUAGUUUUUCAUAAUGUUAGUUGAGUUUUAGCCUUUGUUAUCAAAAACUGCAUUGUUGAGAUGCAAAUGGGUUAAUCUUAACAUAUUUUGAUGUUGAGAUUACAUUCAUUUAAAGCUUUAAAAUUGAUUUAAUAGGUCAAAUGAGGUGUUGUAUUGGUUAAA